CUAUUGGACCGUGACACUGUCGGCUCUGCGGGCGGUGUCCGGACGCAGGUGCGGGACAGAGCCGAGCUAGCGGAGCUGACCGGACCGGCCGGGCCGGGACCAGGGCCCGGGUGCGCAGUAGGACCUGUGCAGCCGCCCGGCCCGGCCGCGGAUCAGGCUCCCUUAGCAGAGUACCUGGAUGCUUCAAACAGGGCAGCAAGAGUUGGUAGCCUUAGCCCCUCAGGGCCUCCAGGAACCAGAAGAAGAGGUGGACUUACCCCCAGUGUUCCCCAUGGCUAUAAACAGGAGGUGAUAGCCAGGCUCAGAGAGGUCGAGCAUUUUGUCCAAGGCCACACAGCAAACUUAAAUCAUCCACCUGGGACUUGAAUGCAGAGCCAAGGAAGGACUGAAGGACCAACAGAAGCCUGUCUGGCUCCUGGGACCAUGGGUCUGGGGCCCUAGGAAGCAGGGUCCCCCCGAGGCCAUGACGACGGGCGACUGCUGCCAUCUCCCGGGGUCCCUGUGUGACUGCUCCGGCAGCCCCGCCUUCUCCAAGGUUCUGGAGGCCCCGGGGCUCGGCCCCCCACAGUACGUGACGCAGGUGACCUCACGGGACGGCCGGCUCCUCUCCACCGUCAUCCGGGCCUUGGACACGCCCAGCGAUGGCCCCUUCUGCCGCAUUUGCCAUGAGGGAGCAAACGGGGAGAGCCUGCUGUCUCCUUGUGGCUGCACGGGGACCCUGGGUGCAGUGCACAAGAGCUGCCUGGAGCGGUGGCUCUCGUCAUCCAACACCAGCUACUGUGAGCUGUGCCACACGGAGUUUGCAGUAGAGAAGCGGCCGCAGCCCCUCACAGAGUGGCUGAAGGACCCGGGGCCCCGCACGGAGAAGCGGACGCUCUGCUGUGAUAUGGUCUGCUUCCUGUUCAUCACGCCGCUCGCCGCCAUCUCAGGCUGGCUGUGCCUGCGGGGGGCCCAGGAUCACCUUCGUCUGCACAGCCGGCUGGAGGCCGUGGGACUUAUCGCCCUUACCAUCGCCCUCUUCACCAUCUAUGUCCUCUGGACGCUGGUGUCCUUCCGCUACCAUUGCCAGCUGUACUCGGAGUGGAGAAGAACCCACCAGAAGGUGCGCCUCAAAGUGCGGGACGCAGCGGGCGCCGAGGGCACCCCGCUCUCCCCGCUGGCCGCAGGACUCCUGAAGAAGGUGGCCGAGGAGACGCCAGUGUGAGGGGGCCACAGCGCGGCGUCGGGGGGUGUCACCCCGAGCUUGCACUUCUUCCCGGAGGUGCCCCGUGGAGGCCUCUGCAACCGGGGAUGCAGAGGACUUGUCCAGGAGGACCGAGGGGCAGGUGGGAUCGUGAGUGAGCUCAACGCAGACCUGGGCACCACAGCCAUCCGAUCUCCAGCUCCCUCCCGGUCUGCCCUUUUCCCUCUGGGCUGGCCGGGGAGGGGGCUCUCCCCAAGAGGCUGAGCCUCAAGGACCCAGCCCCCCCCCAUACCUGCAACCCGGGCAGGGCCCGGUGUUGGCUGCAAGUUGCUCGCUGCGCUUCCGCUGCACCCGGCAGGCCCGCUUGUCUUGGCACCAUCCACUUUAUCCACAUGCACCGCGUCUUACAGACCCAGGCCCCGCAGGAAGUGGAGACACCGAGGCAGACCUGGUGGGGGUCCCUCCCCGGCGGCGGGGGACCCAGGACCUGAGUGGUGGAGUCACGGACUCCACACACGGGCACCCGAUUUCCACGACUUGUGAUGCAUCCCGAGGGGAAAGGCAGCAUCUGGGGUUCUCAGUGAAAGGCAGGGUGGGUGCAUAAUAAACCAUUUUUUUUUUCUAAAAAAAAAAUCUAGAAGAACCGUUUUUACUGACUUUAUAUUUUUCCUUUGGCCACAUCCAGCACUGAUCAAGGCUGUGUGCUCAGGAAUUGGAGGUGCUGGGGGCACCCUAAUCGCUGAACUCUCUCUAGCUCCGUUUCUACUUUGCCCCGACUGUAUGGCAGAAGAGCCAUUUUAAUGGAGC